AUCUCCCCAAAGAGCAAGCGAGCUAAGCUAGUUCAUGUAAGCUUCCUCCUCUCCACCUACAAAGCAGGAGCUCAGUCUCAGGUGCUGUGAUAGCUCUGCUAGUUGGUCGACUUUGGAAAUGGCCACCAACUCGAGGUCGAACUCCAGGGCGACCUUCUCCAGCGAGAUCCACGACAUCGGCACGGUGCAGAACUCCGCCACGCCCAGCAUGGUGUACUACACCGAGCGGUCCAUCGCCGACUACUUCCCUCCCCACCUCCUCAAGAAGGUGGUGUCGGAGGUGGUGUCCACGUUCCUGCUGGUGUUCGUGACGUGCGGGGCGGCGGCGAUCAGCGCCCACGACGUCACGCGCAUAUCGCAGCUCGGCCAGUCGGUCGCCGGCGGGCUCAUCGUCGUCGUCAUGAUCUACGCCGUCGGCCACAUCUCCGGCGCGCACAUGAACCCCGCCGUCACCCUCGCCUUCGCCAUAUUCCGCCAUUUCCCCUGGAUUCAGGUCCCGUUCUACUGGGCGGCGCAGUUCACGGGCGCGAUCUGCGCGUCCUUCGUGCUCAAGGCCGUGCUCCACCCCAUCACCGUGAUCGGCACCACCGAGCCGGUCGGGCCGCACUGGCACGCGCUGGUCAUCGAGGUCGUCGUCACCUUCAACAUGAUGUUCGUCACCCUCGCCGUCGCCACGGACACCAGAGCGGUGGGUGAGUUGGCUGGGUUGGCUGUCGGUUCCUCCGUUUGCAUUACCUCCAUCUUCGCAGGGGCGGUGUCAGGUGGAUCGAUGAACCCGGCGAGGACGCUGGGCCCGGCGCUGGCCAGCAACCGCUACCCCGGCCUCUGGCUCUACUUCCUCGGCCCCGUCCUCGGCACGCUCUCCGGGGCCUGGACCUACACCUACAUCCGCUUCGAGGACGCGCCCAAGGACGGCCCCCAGAAGCUCUCCUCCUUCAAGCUCCGCCGGCUGCAGAGCCAGUCCGUCGCCGCCGACGACGACGAGCUCGACCACAUCCCCGUCUGAUCCUGCCGCCGCACGCCGGGCCGGACGGAUCUCCCGCUCCCAGUGUGUGUCCUUGGUAGUUGUUGUUAUGUGUGUGCGUGCGUGUGUCACUUGUAACUCAGUGGUUGGUCGAUGCAUGCAGGGGAGUACGCGCGUGCGCGCAUGUGUAUGUUUGUCCGCCCGCGCAUGUCGCAGUAGAUUUGCUCCCUCGCUCUGUUCAUGUGUGCAGGCAACUGAGCUUGGGGGCCUGGUUUGGGGGCGCAUCAGUCCGCACUCUGCAGCAGUCGCACGCGUGCCAAAGUGUAUCUCUCCUGCAAUUGCAGUACAUAAAACAUCCGUGGCUUUGGUUCUCAAAA